AUGCGUCUUCUCAAAGCUAGACGUGACGGCGGUUUCAGCCUGACUAUGUUCCCUGUUAAUCCUCCCCCUUACGCCAUCCUUUCACAUACCUGGGAGACGGAUGAUCAGGAAGUCAAACUUAAAGACAUAGACAAUCGGGUGGGAAUCCACAAAACUGGCUAUAAGAAGAUUGAAUUUUGUGCGAGACAAGCUCAGAACGAUCAGAUAGAGUACUUCUGGGUCGAUAGUUGUUGCAUCGACCAAUCCAGCAGUGCAGAGUUGUCAACUGCAAUCAACUCAAUGUAUCGCUGGUACCAGAACUCGGUCAAAUGCUACGUCUACAUGGCUGAUGUCUCGACAUCCUCAUCCUCAGAACAAGAAUUGAGUUUCCUUCAUAGCCGAUGGUUCACCCGAGGAUGGACACUUCAGGAGCUCAUCGCCCCCAAGAGAAUAGAGUUCUUCUCCAAGGACGGCAUGUACUUGGGCGAUAGACGGCAGCUCGAAAACCGCAUCCAAGAGAUCACAGGUAUCUCUAAUCGAAUCCUUCGAGGACAUCCACCGGCCCAAGUAGGCGUCGAGGAGCGGUUGUCAUGGAUAGCGAAUCGGGAUACUAAGUACUGCGAGGAUAUAGUGUAUUCUGUUCUUGGCAUUUUCGGUAUCCACAUGCUACCUAUGUAUGGUGAAGGGGCAGUACAUGGAUUCCGGCGGCUUGGGGAGGAGAUUGAGAAGUCUCCCACCCUUGCGCACCCACCUCGAACAGAAAAGGACCAACAAUGUCUGAACGCGUUACAUGCCAUGUCACUAUCUUAUGCUGCCGCAAAUGGGUUGAAAGUCGUGGUCGAUCAGUUGCUUAGAGAUGAUAGAACCGAGGUCAACUUACCAGAUCGAUCGGGUCGAACACCGCUAUCGUGGGCGGCCGGGAAUGGUCAUAAAGCUAUUGUGAAGCAGCUACUUGACAACGGCCAGGCCGAACUCUCCUCAAGAGAUUUACAAUACGGCAAGACACCACUGCUGUGGGCCGCCGAGGACGGACAUGUGGCGGUCGUCGAGCAACUGCUCAACGCCUCCGCGGAUCAGCGUGGCCAGAAGCCGCUAUCCUGGGCCGCUGAGAACGGUUAUGAAGCCGUCGUAAAGCAGCUGCUCAAGACAGAUAACGUUGAUAUCAACGAGGCAAAUACUGAGCUCGGUCGGAAUCCGCUGUCUUGGGCCGCAGGAAAUGGCUACGCUGAUAUAGUCAGAGAGCUUCUCAACACAGGCAAGGCGACCGUGGACAGCCAGGACAGUAUCCUUGGCCGUACUCCGCUGGCGUGGGCUGCCGCAAAUGGGCAUACAUUUGCGGUGGAGCAACUGCUCAGCACAGGCAAGGCUAAUGUACACUUGGCGGACAAUUACGGCCAGUCACCUCUGUCGUUGGCCGCAGCGAACGGACAGACGUGCGUGUUCAAGCCAUUGCUUGAGGCCGGAGCCGAUGUGAGUUCGAAGGACUGGUUCGGUCAGACCCCGAUUAUGUGGGCUGCUCGAAGUGGGCAGCAAGCAGCGACUCAGACGUUGCUGGACACAAGUGGCACUAUUGUUGAAGGCCAGGAUAAGUAUCGCCGGACACCACUGUCAUGGGCGGCCGCAAACGGGCAUGACGCCGUCGUAAAGCUGUUGCUCGAGGCAGGAGCCGAUGUCAAAUCUUCCGAUGUCAACAAUCGGACGCCGCUUUUGUGGGCUGCCAGGCAGGGGCACGAGGCUGUCGUAAAGCUACUACUCCACGCCAAUGCUGAUAUCGAGUCGAAGGAUAGGUGGGAUCAGACGCCGUUACUGUCCGCCGCAGCAAGUAGGCAUGAGGCCAUUGUCAAACUACUUCUCGAGGCCAAUUCCAAUGUAGAGUCGAAGGAUAAAAGAAGCCUUACACCUCUGUCGUUUGCCGCUGCUAGCGGGCAUGAGCCCGCUGUCAAGCUCCUUCUCGGAGCCGGGGCCGCCGUCGAAAGCAGAGGGUCUCACAACAGGACGCCACUCCUGUUGGCCGUCGCGAGCGGGCAUGAGAAAGUGGUAAGGUUACUACUGGAGGCCGGGGCCGAUGCUGGCGUGGAGGAUGCCGAUGGUCAGACGCCGAUAGAAGUGGCCGAUAAGCAUGGGUACAAAGCCAUUGCGUCGCUGUUGUCUUCUAGAAAAUAUGGUAAAGACUGGAGAUCGAGUCUCAAAGACAGGACAACCACAAAACGUAACUUCGAGAGUUACCGGGCAUGUGAGAUAGCCUGCAGUGAAGACACCUCAUAG